GCGGAACCAAAACAGCAGAGGGAAGUGCGCUUCGGAGGGCGGGAUUAAGGUGUUUCACUUCAGGAGGAAGGCGGGGCUACGACUUCCCGCUUCGCCGAGGAGUCGACCUGACGAAAUCGACUCAGCGGGGAGCCUCAUGGCGGGGUUCGUGUGGAAGAAGCAGUGCGUGGCGCGCUAAGUAGGAGGUGCUCCGCUGGGACUGCGAGUGGGUGUUUACGAGGAGGAUGUUGGUGGUGGAGGUGGCGAACGGCCGCUCCCUGGUGUGGGGGGCCGAAGCGGUGCAGGCGCUUCGGGAGCGUCUGGGAGUAGGGGGCCGCACGGUGGGCGCCUUGCCCCGCGGGCCCCGUCAGAACUCGCGCCUGGGCCUCCCGCUGCUGCUGAUGCCUGAGGAGGCGCGGCUUCUGGCUGAGAUCGGCGCUGUGACCCUGGUCAGCGCCCCGCGCCCGGAUCCCCGCCAGCACUGCCUGGCUGUGGCAUCCUACAAGCGCCAGCAAGAGCAGGGCUUCCAGGAGCAAAGCGCCCUGGCAGCUGAGGCCCGUGAGACCCGUCGUCAGGAGCUCUUAGGGAAGAUUGCAGAGGGCCAGGCUGCCAAGAAGCAGAAGCUUCAACAGGAUUCAGGGACCAGCAAGAGCCAGGAAGCCGGUGGGAACCAAGCAGCUGUAGAGAAUGAGGGCAGUGCUAGCCAGGUUUCUGGAGAGCAGGAGGAAGCAGGCUCCUCCUCUCCCCACCCAGGGCCUUCAGACGGGGUGGCCCCCUUGCCCAGGUCUGCUAUGCUCGUCCAACUAGCCACUGGUAGGCCUCGACCCAUCAAGGCUAGACCCCUGGAUUGGCGUGUCCAGUCCAAGGACUGGCCCCAUGCUGGCCGCCCAGCCCAUGAGCUGCGCUACAGCAUCUACAGAGACCUGUGGGAGCGAGGCUUCUUCCUCAGUGCGGCCGGCAAAUUUGGGGGCGACUUCCUUGUUUAUCCUGGUGACCCACUCCGUUUCCACGCCCACUACAUUGCCCAGUGCUGGGCUCCUGGGGAUCCCAUCCCACUUCAGGACCUGGUUUCUGCUGGCCGCCUUGGAACCAGUGUCAGAAAGACCUUGCUCCUCUGUUCUCCGCAGCCUGAUGGUAAGGUGGUCUACACCUCCCUGCAGUGGGCCAGCCUGCAGUGAACUCCAGAGACCUAUGGGGUGUGGCUGUGUCUGUGGCAAGAGCCUUUCUAGAUAGUCCCAAGUUCAUCUCUGCGUGAGAGGAUAGGCUUCCUACCUCUCCCGACGGUUAAUUUUUGAUUGGAAAUUUAUAAACAGUACAUUUUUUUUAUGUCCCUCCCUGUUUCCAAGCACUUAUUGGCUGUGUUAUUUUUGUAAUUACCUAUUUCCAAACUGUGAGCUUCUUGAGAGUGAAGAUUGGGUUGGAUUCAUCUCUAUUUCCUGCAGGGUUUAGGUCCCAAGAGGUCUCAAUAAACUUGUUGAAUAAAUGUGGAGUUUGUGAUUUGAAUCCUUAGGACAGUCCUGGGAUGUGUGGCCAUGUGCAUCUGCUUAUACAGACAAGGAAAAGCCUGGAGGAGGGGAAAUGACUUGUCCAAGGUCACACUGCUAGUAAGUAGCAUGGCUGGGAUUUAAAAUCUGGUCUUUCUGACUCUGAAUG